AUGCCUUUUAUGGAGAAAUAUUGUUGGGCAGUCAUUCUCAUUCUCGUUCUAAUUCUCACAUGGUAUAGAGCAGGUUCCCUCGUGGGAACUGUUCCUAGGGCCCACCCCGCCCGCGACCCCAACGGCGCCCGUCGCGGCCCCGUCGCCCUUCGCGCCGCCCGCGACCUCGUCGCCGCGGCAGCCCGUGACCCUACCGCUGCGGCCGCCCGUGACCCUGGCGUUGCAGCCGCCUGCGACCCUGUCGCCACAGCCGCCCGCGACCCUACCGUCGCUGCCGCCCGCGACCCUGCUGUCGCAGCCGCCCGCGACCUCGUCGCCGCAGCCGCCUGCGCUCCAGUCUCUAUUGCUAUCAUGGCUUCCCCCAGUGUCCUCACCUUUGACGCUGAGGGCCGGGCCAUUGACUUUGACGUCUGGGUAGAUGACCUGCAGCUUUUCCUACUGAGCGACAGAGCAGACGGCCUCUCCCUCUUUGACCUCACUUCUGGUGCCUCUCCUGCCCCUGCUGCUGAUGCUGACCCCACUGUUCGCUCCCAGUGGGCCACGCGCGAUGCUGCUGCCCGCCUUGCUGUGCGCCGCCACUUGCCGACCGCUGAGCGUGCGCACUUUAGCCAGUACAAGAGUGCUAAGACCUUGUACGACGCUGUAGUUGCACGCUACUCUUCCCCUGCCACUGCUGCGCUUAGCCGCCUCAUCCUACCGUACCUCUUCCCUGACCUCGCCGCUUUUCCCACUGUCGCUGACCUCAUUACGCACCUUCGCACUAGUGACACUCGCUACCGCGCUGCGCUUCCUGCUGAGUUCUGCGCCAAGAACCCCCCCCCCAUGUACAUCACCCUCUACUACAUAGUCACCCGGCUCCCUGACACCCUUCGCCCGGUCAGGGACCACUUCCUCUCUGUUUGCCCCACCACCCUCACCGUUGACCUCCUCGAGGAGCGCCUUCUAGCGGCAGAGAAGAGCAUAGUCGCCCUAGGUGCCUCUCGUGGUGACCCUCGUACCCCUGUCUUUGAGGGGUGCUCCCCCUCUCCCCUCUUGCCCUCUGUUGCCUCUGCUGCUGCGGCCGACCUCGUUGGUCUUGAGUCGGUCGCUGCGGCGUCUGCCCCUAGCGGGAGACGCCGCUCUGGCAAGGGCAAGGGGGGCAAGGGUGCUGGAGGAGCUGGAGGGGGCGGUGGAGGCGGAGGUGGAGGUGGUGGAGGGGGUGGGGGUGGCGGUGGGGGUGGUGGCGGGGGUGGGGGCGUCGGUGGCGGGACUGGAGGUGGAGGUGGAGGCGGCGGUGGCGGUGGGAGCGGAGGUGGCGGAGGUGGCGGUCCUGGAGGUGGUAGCGGCGGAGGCGGUGGAGCUGGUCGGGGUGGCGCUGCGCAGAGGGGUGGCUCCGGUGGUGGUGCGCGCCAGCAGCAGCAGCAGCAGCGUACCCGUGAGACCCCUUCCCCCCAGCAGCUUCGUGAGUGGUACGCUGCUCGUCAGCGGGGCGGGGGUGCUGGCCCCUGUACCUACGUUCUCCGUACCGGCGACCGGGCGGGUGAGCAGUGUGGGGGCGCGCACCCCACCCAGCGCUGCUUCGGCCGUCUGACGGACGCGUGGCGCCACCAGUUCCCCGACGCUACUGAGAUCCCUCGCUGGGGCGAGCUGUCUAGGGCGGGUGUUGCGAUCUAUGAUCUUGAUUUUGAUGCUAUUCUUGCUGCCAUGUAUGCUGUGACUAUUAGUGAUGAGGGUGACUGUUACCGGUGUUUUCCGCCUGACCCAGGCAUAGAGGCUGCUGCGCUAGGUACUUGUGAGGCUGCUGCUCUAGGUGCCAGUGCGUCUGCCGCCCCAGGUGCCGGUGAGUUUGCGCUCUCAGGUGCUGAGUCGUCACCGCACACCCACACCUUCACCCUUGACUCGGGUGCUUCCCGCUCCUUCUUUCGAGACUGCACCACUCUCACACCGCUCAGUCGGCCUGUUGCAGUCUCCCUGGCGGACCCCUCUGGGGGUCCUGUCCUUGCUCACUACUCCACUGUCCUACCGUGUCCGGCGGUCCCGUCUGGCUCCCUGUCGGGUCUCUACCUCCCCUCGUUCUCUACGAACUUGGUCGCGGGUGCUGACCUCCAGGAUGCAGGAGUUGACCAGUUCACCCCUGCGCGUCAGCGGGUGACCCACUGCACUUGUGCGGACACGGGCCGACACUUGGCCACGUUUGCUCGUCGGCCAGGGUCGAGCCUGUACACACUGACUACUGAGUCUCCUCCAGUCACUGAGUCUGCUCAGGUAGCAGCGUCGGGUCAGGUGUUUGCUGCGGCGUCCAGGUCUGGUCCUGAGUCUGCCCCCUGCUCGUGUCGUCUCCUGUCCCACCGGACUCUCCUUUGGCACCACCGCCUUGGUCACCCCUCCCUGCCUCGUCUUCGAGGCAUGGCUUCCCGUCUUCUUGUCUCCGGCCUCCCCCGGUCCCUCCCUCCUCUUCCUCCGGGGCCUGCCCCCACCUGCGUUCCCUGCGUUGAGGGGCGGCAGCGCGCUGCCCCUCACUCCUCCGAGUUUCCUCCGACAGAGGCUCCGCUGCAGACGCUUCACAUGGACGUGUGGGGCCCAGCCCGCGUCCGUGGGCAGGGUCAGGAGCGCUACUUCCUGCUGGUGGUUGACGACUACUCGCGUUACACCGCGGUCUUCCCCUUGCGCAGCAAGGGUGACGUCACUGAGGUGUUGAUCGCCUGGAUCCGCGCAGCUCGUCUCCAGCUCAGGGAGAGUUUCGGCUCCGACUUUCCUGUUCGGCGUCUGCACUCCGACAGAGGCGGAGAGUUCUCCUCUGACCUUCUGCGGGCCUUCUGUCGCGCACGAGGCAUCCGCCAGACCUUCACGCUUCCGGACUCUCCGCAGCAGAAUGGGAUUGCUGAGCGCCGCAUCGGCAUUAUCUUGGAAGUCGCUCGUACGUCCAUGAUCCAUGCGGCUGCUCCCCAUUUUCUGUGGCCGUUUGCAGUUCGAUACGCUGCGCAUCAGCUCAACCUUCACCCCCGGGUCUCCAUGCCGGAGACCUCCCCUGCUUUGCUGUGGACGGGGAAGGUUGGUGAUGCGUCGCGUUUCCGGGUCUGGGGAUCUAGGGCGUUUGUCCGCGACUUGUCUGCGGACAAGCUGUCCUCUCGUGCUGUUCCCUGCGUCUUCCUUGGCUUUCCCCCUGACGCGCCAGGCUGGCAGUUCUACCACCCCACCUCGCGCCGUGUCUUCGCGUCCCAGGACGUCACCUUUGACGAGUCGGUUCCCUACUACCGUCUCUUCCCCUACCGCACUGCGUCCCUCCCUCCCCCGCCGCUCUUCCUUACGCCAGGUCCCCCUCCGGUAGACCCCCUCCCCCCUCAGGGUCCUGCUCCCUCAGGUGUGUCCCAGGUAGAUGCAGUUGAGCCAGUCGAGGUAGCUGUUGACUCUGGUGCUGCUGGUGGUGCUGAGCCUGGGGGUGCUGGGUCUGGGGGUGCUGCGACUGGGGGUGCUGAGCCUGGGGGUGCUGAGCUUGGGGGUGCUGAGCCUGGGGGUGCUGAGCCUGGGGGUGCUGCGCCUGGGGGUGCUGAGCCUGGGGGUGCUACGCCUGGGGGUGCUGAGCCUGGGGGUGCUGAGUCUCGGAGUGCGGAGCCUGAGGGUGCUGGACCUGCUCGUCUGGCGUCUGGUGGUGCUGAGCCUGACAGUUCUUCGGGUGCUUCGUCCCGGCGGGAGCUGCUCUCUCCACAGGAGCUGCGUGAGUGGUUCGCCCGGCGCUGGCGACGUGCUGCUGGAGCUGGUGGUGCUGCAGGCGCUGGAGGUUCUACUGCUGCUGAGAGUGCUGGUGCCGAGGGUCCCAGAGGUGCUCGUACCGAGUGUACUGGAGCUGCUGGGCCUACGAGUGCUCCUCCUGCUGGAGCUGGUGGUGCUGCUGGUGCUGCUGGCGUUGGUGCUGCUGGUGCUCCUGGAGCUGGAGCUGCUGCGUCUUCGGGUGGUCCGACUGGAGCUGGAGCUACUGGGGGUGUUGGCGCUGGGGGUGCUCCUGGCGCUGGUGCUGCUGAGGGUGCUGGAGUUGGAGCUGCUGGAGCUGGGGGUCCUCCUGGUGCUGGUGCUCCCGUUGGGGGUGCUGGUGCUGUUCCUGCUGGCACUGGUGGCGCUGCGCGGCCACGGCCGUACUUCGUUCCGCUCCUUGAGCAGGUUCUUGGUCUUCCGUCCUCUCUUGGUCCUGCUCCCUCCUUAGCGUGUCCGCCUCCUGUCCAGUCUGAGUCACAGUUACAGCCACCUUCCCCGCUUCCUUCUCCUUCUCCCUACACUGGUCCUACUGGAGGUCUUGCUGAGCGUCGUGAGCCUGCAUCUCGCCCUGCGUCGCCUGUCCGUGCUGCUCGCACUAGUGGUCGUGGUUCGCGUCAGCGUCCUCCCCCUGUCCCCGGCACGCACCGGAUGUCUCUGCGUCCUUCCACUGCUCCGCUGCGUGCCCCUUUGCCCUCUCCUCCAGCGUCCUCUCUUCCUGAGCUUCCUGACCCUGAGUCGGACUCCCUUCGUGCUGCGCGUCCUACUGUCACACGUCUCCUUGCUACUGUCGUCACUGACCCUUCCUUUGAGUCUACUGCUGCGUCUGCCCUCGUUGCUGAGCUUGUCGACUUCGCUGCUCGCUGUCGCCUAGACUACGCUGCCAGUCUCGUCGCUGAGUCUGAGUCUGUCUGUCCUCCGUCCGUCGGGGGUGAGUGUGCUCUUGGCACGGACGUCCUUGAGGACAGGCAGGAGGAGUUCCAGUGCUUGGCUGCUGCUUCACCUCAUCUCGUGUCCAUGCUGCUUGCCCCUGAGGGAGACCCGGAUGCACUUGACAUCCCGACUCCGCGCUCUUACGCGGAGGCGAUAGAGGGUCCCUACUCCUCUCAGGUGAAGCGGCCGCCGGGUUCUCCGCCUGUCUUCAAGGCGCGUUACGUGGCUCGUGGCUUCAGUCAGCGGCAGGGAGUUGACUACUUUCAGACCUUCUCUCCCACCCCGAAGAUGACCACUCUUCGGGUACUGCUGCACAUAGCCGCUCACCGAGACUACGAGCUGCACUCUCUUGACUUCAGCCCUGUUUUCUUGCAGGGCAGCCUGCACGAGGAGAUCUGGCUGUGCCGUCCUCCUGGCUUCACUAGGUCUUUCCCUCCUGGUACCCAGUGGAGCCUCCGACGGCCAGUCUACGGUCUCCGCCAGGCGCCACGUGAGUGGCACGACACACUGAGGACGACACUUGCAGCUCUUGGGUUUGCUCCUUCUACUGCCGACCCGUCGCUGUUUCUGCGCACCGACACUUCUUUGCCGCCGUUCUACAUCCUCGUGUACGUCGACGACUUGGUCUUUGCUACAGCUGACACUGCUGGACUUGCCUACGUGAAGUCCGAGCUGCAGAAGAGACACACAUGCACAGACCUGGGUGAACUGCGCAGCUACCUUGGCUUGCAGAUCACCCGGGACAGAGCACAGCGCACCAUUACCCUGACUCAGUCACACAUGGUGCAGCAGGUCCUUCAGCGCUUCGGCUUCACGUACUCCUCGCCUCAGGCCACUCCUCUGCCUACACGCCACUCGCUCUCAGCUCUGCCUUCGGAUGAGUCCGUAGAGUCGAGUGGCCCGUACCCAGAGCUUGUCGGCUGCCUCAUGCACCUGAUGACCUGCACUCGACCUGACCUUGCAUACCCUCUUAGCAUUCUUGCACGCUAUGUUGCUCCUGUUAGACACAGACCAGAGCACAUGGCUGCAGCGAAGAGGGUGUUGCGCUACUUGUGCAGUACGUCGGGCAUGGGGCUUGUGCUUGGAGGGCAGAGUCCAGUGGUCCUCACUGGUCACGCAGACGCUUCUUGGGCCGACGACCAGGCUACUCAGCGGUCGUCACAGGGUUACACCUUCAGCCUUGGUUCCGGCUCUGUUUCGUGGCGGUCUACCCGCUCGUCUUCUGUUCUCGGCUCGAGCUGUGAGGCUGAGAUCUACGCAGGGGCCAUGGCUGCACAGGAGCUACGCUGGCUCACCUACCUGCUGACCGACCUGGGAGAGCCGCCUCGUUCUCCUCCAGUGCUGUACGUAGACAACAAGGCCAUGCUGGCCUUGUGUCGGGAGCACAGACUGGAGCACAGAACGAAGCACAUCGCUCUCCGCUACUUCCUUGCUCGUGAGCUGCAGCAGCGUGGUCAGCUGCGCCUUGCUUACGUGGCCUCUGAGGCCAACACUGCUGAUAUCUUCACCAAGGCACUCGCGCCUUGUGAUCAUCAGCGCUUCUGUACUCUGUUAGGUCUUGUGCCUACCUUGCCUCACUUGCUUACUUCUUGA